AUGACUGAACAGGUGAAAGAGACCAAGCCUGACUUGGACACGAGGAUCGGAAAAGAUUCGCCCUUUACAUUUGGUCAGCGGUUUCUCACAGACGACAAAGAUGUGUUUGACCACAAUGCUUGGGACCAUGUUGAAUGGGGAGAUGAGCAAGUGGAACAAGCCAAAGAACUCAUAGCCAAGCAGUACGAACUGCCGGUGAAAGAUUUCGAUAAGAAGUUGUAUAAUGCCAACCCUGCAAAAUUCUGGGACAUAUUUUACAAAAACAACAGAGAAAACUUCUUCAAGGACCGAAAGUGGCUUCAGAUUGAAUUUCCAUCGUUGUACAAGGUAACUGCCGAGGACUACGACAAGCCAGUCACUAUUUUGGAGAUUGGAUGUGGCGCAGGAAACACAUUCUACCCAAUUUUGAACCAGAACAAAAACCCCAACCUUAAAAUCGUGGGAUGUGACUACCUGAAAGUUGCCGUGGACUUGGUUAAGAGCAACGAAGAGUUUGAAGCAAACCACGAGAAAGGCGUGGCAUUUUCUUCUGUGUGGGACCUUGCCAACCCUGAAGGUAAUGUUCCAGAGGACUUAGAGCCGAAUUCUGUGGAUAUUGUCAUCAUGGUAUUUGUCUUUUCUGCAUUGCACCCAGACCAGUGGAAACAGGCAGUUGCAAAUUUGCAAAAGGUGUUGAAACCCGGAGGAGAGAUUCUCUUCCGUGACUAUGGCCGUUAUGAUUUGGCACAGGUGAGAUUCAAGAAGGGAAGAUUGCUUGACGAUAACUUUUACAUUCGUGGAGACGGCACUAGAGUGUACUUCUUCACUGAGGAAGAAUUGAGGGAGAUCUUCUGCACGGAGGGUCCUUUUACCGAGGAAAAGAUCGGAACUGAUAGACGGUUGCUUGUCAACAGAAAGAAGCAGCUCAAAAUGUAUAGGAUCUGGCUUCAGGGAGUUUUCCGCAAGCCGGAGUAA